AAAAAAAACUGGAUAUAGAAAUUAGAAUGACAAGAAGUUUUAAUAUAUUAUAUAUAGCUGCAAAGACUGUAUUUCUAGUCUACUUAUGGCAAAGGCAGAAAGGCACUGAUGUGAUAUGAGAAAGUUGUAGUGUUUUUACCGGUAUUUUUUCGUCAAUUUUGCAUAUCAAAUUGUAUUUCCUGGCCCAUCUUGGCUAUUUAUUAUUGAUCAGCAAGUUUGCAAAUAAAUAUGACAAUAUUUUGUAGUUAGGUAGAAAUCAUGGGGAUAAAUAUUUACAUUAUUAGCGUCUCGGUGGUUGGAUUGGCCAUUAUGUAUUUGCAAUUUUCUGGAAUUUUUGGCUCCUCUGCUAUCCCUGCCAUUCGGAUAUUCUUGGCCUGCAUUGGUGGAAUAAUAUGUGGAUUUGUUUUGGUUUUAAGAAACAGCAAAUAUAGGAAGGGAACAAUGCCGGAAAAACCAAAGAAUGUUCAAGACAUGUCGGAUUUUAUGGACAAAGUCACUUGGACCCACUUCCAUGUGCCGUAUAAACAUUCAACUAUAGUUACAAACUCUAUUGACAAGGAAAUUCAAGAAGUAUUUGACCUAUUUAUUAGAGACUUUUGUCUGUCUUGGUUUCAGAAUUUAGGCAAGGAUGAACAUGCCUUUAAAGAGACACUCACUAAAGAAUUAUGGGAUAUCACAGACAGUUUUGUAUCAAAAUUGCAACAUGUUGACAUGGUGAAAUUUUUGUCGAAUGAUUUGGUUAAUUUAUUAUGCAGUCAUUUUCAAGAACUUAGGUUGUCAGAUCAGCGACGAUUUCCUGGAACAGCCAAGCCGUUUGUACUACACCCAUGUUUGUCUAACGAUACUGCUGAACUUGAAUAUCUUCGCUCUGCAUCAGAAGCCAUGCUUUAUGCACUCCUCUCAAAAACAAAUUCAGAUUCAGCACCCUUGAUGAUUCUACUUAGAGAAAUUUUGGCCUACACAGUUUUCCAACCACUGUUCGAGAGGAUAUGUGACCCAGAUUACAUUAACCAAACACUGUUAUGGUAUCUUGAGUCGAAAGAGAAGCUAUCAGAAUCACACAAGAAAGAGUAUGCUUAUGCAGAAACCUAUGAAGAAUUUAUAAGGUUGAUUAAUACCAGCCAAGAUAUUGAGCAUGUCAAGGGCUUGAGGUAAUUUGUUUAAAUUUUAUGAACCAUAAGAUGUACUAAGAUCAGAUUAUAGUUAAUAGUAUUAUAUCUCACAUGCCAAUUAUCAGAAAGCUAGGUUCAUGCCUCAUGAGCAUGAAUUUAUCAUUAAAGCAUGACUUAUGUCACGAUGCAGCAGGUGAUGUCAAUUGUAUCACAUGCUGGGUGAUUUAUAAUCAUAUCACCUGAGUGGGUGAUUUGAGUUGUGAAACCAUGCAUGGUCAUGCAUUUUAAUUAAGCAUUGAAGAAAGCUCUUUUUAUUGAAGAUUUUGAAGCAAAUACAGUAUUAUGAAGAACCUUACCUUCAACAAUCCAAAGGAAAGUAGCAACAAAACCUAGUCCAUGUCAAAAAAUAGAAACAUAUGUUUAUAUAUAGGCUUGAAAUUAAAUAGCAAGUUUGUAGUUGAGAAACUUUAAAUUUUGGUGUUAUACUGCAUGUAUAUCAUUUAUAGACCCCCUGCCUGGGGGCUAUCAAUGAAAUACAGUAUUACCCUCAGUGAUGAUAUUUCCCUUGGUGCUUUGCCCUCAGGAAAUAUCAUCACUGACAGAGGUGAAUUAUUUUUAAUUAUAAUCAUCAAAAUUUGAAAAGUUGCUUGACACUCGCUUGGUCUUGUGUCUACCCAGCUGACACUGUAACAGGCCAGUUUUGUAAAUUGGGUGGAGUUAACAUAGAAUGGAGACGGAGAAAAAUGCAGGGUUGAUAUGAGUGGCAAAUUGUAUGAUAAGUUGCAAUCAUUGCCACUUUUAAAGGCCUUUUUAACAUAUGAUUUCCUUCUUUUGAGGUGCUAUAGACACAGUAAAGCUUCAUACUGUACAGUGGCUCCUCAACUGCACUGUACAGUAGCUCCUCAACUGCACUGAACAGUAGCUCCUCAACUGCACUGAACACUAGCUCCUCAACUGCACUGAACAGUAGCUCCUCAACUGCACUGAACAGUAGCUCCUCAACUGCACUGAACAGUAGCUCCUCAACUGCACUGAACAGUAGCUCCUCAACUGCACUGAACAGUAGCUCCUCAACUGCACUGAACAGUAGCUCCUCAACUGCACUGAACAGUGGCUCCUCAACUGCACUGAACAGUAGCUCCUCAACUGCACUGUACAGUAGCUCCUCAACUGCACUGAACAGUAGCUCCUCAACUGCACUGAACAGUAGCUCCUCAACUGCACUGUACAGUAGCUCCUCAACUGCACUGGAUAGUAACUCCUCAACUGCACUGAACAGUAGCUCCUCAACUGCACUGAAUAGUAGCUCCUCAACUGCACUGAACAGUAGCUCCUCAACUGCAAUGAAUAGUAGCUCCUCAACUGCACUGAACAGUAGCUCCUCAACUGCACUGCACUUGAAAACAUUGUUUGAGCAAAAUGCCAAAAUCAUAACACAAAGUUUUUAAUAUCCAAUGUUGCACUAAUGUCCAGGCAUGGUUUAUUCACUUGGGAAUUAAGAUCUGUUUUUUGUUAAGUUUCCAGUCAAGUGACUGUAUUUUACACAACACUUAGUCAAAUGAGGUUUGUAAAGAGAUUAUUAACAAUAAUUUUUUGAAGUAGGCUUAUUAGUUAUCACUAUAUGCAUGAUCUAACGACUUUAUUUAAAAAAAUUCACCUCAAUUCCUCAAAUGGGGCAGCUCCAUGAACCCCCAGUUCUGUUAAAUGGAGUGUAUGAAAAAUUAACAUUUGCAUAUUUAAUAAUUAUUUACGCGAAUUUGAUCGACUUGGGCUCGCGAAUAUGAUGGCAUUUACACGCCAUACUAUGCCAUAUUACUUCUAUAUACGGCGUAAUUUGUAAUAUUGUAUACAUGCAUAAAAGAUUGAGGUAGCAUCUGGUACACGUACGUCUGUAGGAAAUCCGUUCUGAAUGUGAAAACGUCAGCCACUUAAUUUUAAAAGAAUAAAAAAACACGUCUAUCUCCACCACCUCUAUCUCUGUUAAUAACGAACGAUAUAUGUACCUCAUCGUACCCAAUUCCAAAAGAUCAUUGUGUUCUCACAAAAAGUCGUACAUUUGUUCCCAACCCUCCCUCGCAGCUAGGCAACUUGGUGGCAAACGGCAAAAUUAUUUAAUUCUGACGAAGAUGAAUCUCUCUCCUCCUCAGAGGUUAUUAAUAAUCGUUCGCGUGCUCCCGCAUUACUUCUGUCCAGCACCAUAUACCGAUUAAGUUCUAGAGCUGUUAGAAGAUGUCCGAAGAACAAUUAAUGACGUCUGCGGAGGGAAGAAAAGAUGAAUCGAGAAGACUAGUGUUUUUUCUCUUUUAAAUUCACUGGCUGACGUGUUAUACUCGCAAUAGAGACUUAAAGAGUGACGUUAACAGCAGACCGCUAACGGCAAACUUCAAAUUGUAUUUUAAGAUCAACAGUUAGCCGUAGGAAGUUACGACAAAUUGUACUUAAACUUGAAGCACGAGUUUGAUACUUAGCCGUCGCAAACGUGGUACCUUUAAAAUGAGAUUUGAAGUUUGCCAUUUGCGAGGUCUCUAAUGAAUACCCUGGCCGCCUAGAAACAUUCGCCAGGCGCUGCUCGGGGCAAAUUGGGACUCUAAUGAUAAUCCAUCGUCCAAAGAUCUUUGAUGGUCCUGAAGGGGGGGUCCCAAUCCCAUUUCCCACCUGAAAUUUUGGCAAAAUCCCAGUCCCAGUUGCAUUUUUAUUAGAAAUCCCAGUCCGAGUUAUUGAAAUCCCAGUCAAUAAAAAAACCUUUAUUUAUCGGUACAAUAAACAGUUUUAAGACUUUUAAGCUGCCGUGUGUGCAAGUGGCGAACACUUUAUGAAAUAUGGUGGGAGCUUCGUGCCGAAGGCACGGAAAAUUUUUAAAUUUGAAUCCCGGAAAUGGCAUUUGCAGCAUUCUGAGACACGCAUAAUCAGAAAACCCAGAAUUUCGGGCGCCAGAGUAUGCCUGUUCUCAGGUAGUGCUGUGAAUAAUAUAGUUAACAACAAAAAUCAUGACCAAAGACACGAAAAACGGAUCAAAAUUGUAUUUUAAAAUACUUAAAACGUAGAAAAAUUGGGAAUCGACUCGCAUUACCUCAAUCCCAUUCCAAUUCUUGAGGACUUCGUUUCCCAUUCCCAGUGGCCAAAUCUCAGUCCCAGCAACCCAAAUCCCAUUUUCCCAGUCUAAAAAUAGAUCAAUCCCAGUUCCCAUUUUACCCCUUCAGGGCCCUCAUCUUUGGGAUCAUGUGCUCCUGAUUUCCAUAUUCUUCAACUUUUAGGACAGACAGCUGGAUAACAUCCAUAAUUCUGAACAUUUAAUUAACAUUCAUUUGCAUUUCGUACAUAUAGUAUAAAUGUUACUUGAAAUCCAGGAUCCCAGGAAUGGCAAAUUCCUGGGAAUUUUAUUCUUACUAAGAUUAUUUGACGCACUAUCACGAUGCAUAUUUCACUUUAUUUUUAUUUGGGGUCCUUCUAUUUGCCCUCUUGCUCACCCCCUCUGGGUGCCACUGAGGACUGAAAUUAUUCCUUUUACACUGUCGUCCACGCUGCAUCCCAUUUGAAGACUUUUAUCUGGGGGGAUAUUUAUUCUGCUAUACAAAUUUUGUCGUUCAUUAUAUAAUUGCAGAUACCACAUUAUCGCCGAAAUCAUGCAAGCGACGAGCAUUCACAAUCUCAAAGGCCUACAUGUUGAUCAGACUGGUCAUGGCCAGUCAUAUGAUAAAGGUGAGAUGCUUCGAGCUCGUAAUCUCAAGCGAUAUAUCAAUCAAUGUACGGUAGCCAAAGCACAAUGCGAAAAAAGAAUCAAGAUGCUUGGCGGGCCAGACUAUACUAGCCAAAAUUCUGGGGAUGUCAAGCUGGAUGAUGGGAAUUUGUCAUCGAGACGCAAGAAGCAGGCAAAGCAACAGAAGAUAUUGACGUACGCUGAGAUUAUUGACAAUAGUUUGGCACGGAGUUAUUUCAUGCAGUUUCUUGGACAUAAUGGAGCCGAUCAUAUGUUGAGGUAAUUAGCCAUUUCCCAUUCGAGCAGAGGACUGGAUCUAGUCACUUGUUUGGAAGGACAAAAAAUAAACAAUAUGCCGAAUAUUGGGUCUAGGAAGUUUUCCUACCUUCCUAAAGUUAUUUGUGCAGCCUAUAUAUAUAUAUAUAUAUAUAUAUAUAUAUAUAUAUAUAUAUAUAUAUAUAUAUAUAUAUAUAUAUAUAUAUAUAUAUAUAUAUAUAUAUAUAUAUAUAUAUAUAUAUAUAUAUAUAUAUAUUAUGAUCGUUUUCAUAUUGACUGGAAUCCUUAGACUUAGUUAUUAUUAUCGACUUUUAUUACUUAUUUGAUAGUUAGUUAAAUUAGUUUUUUUGGUGGGUACCAGUGGUAAGGGAAUCAUGAAUUCUGUUGUUGGCUUCCCAGAUACAUUCUAUUGACUUUUGUUGUAAUUGACAAUCGACAUGUAUUAGAAAUUAAAUUAAAUUAAAUUAAAUUAAAUUAAAUUAUAAUAAGGCGUCUUUUAAUCAGAUGUUCGAUUUAAUCAUCUUUUAAUCAGCAUCUUUUAAUCAAUUAUAUAACUGACCUGCUUUUAAUGUAUAUUUAGCUCGCUCGUUGUCCCUAGCUAACUUGUUGUCCCUCCAAACAUCAACUAGACCCAGUCCUCUGCUCGAUUGGGAAAUGGCUAAUUCGUAGUGCCACAAGAUGUGUUUAUAGCACGAUGUUGACGUUCAGGGGGUGGGGGUUGUGAAAUUGGUAGCCGCGGGUUUCAGUUAAAGCUCGCAGAGCAGCACUGAUCAACGUGAGAUGUGUUGGCGACUAAGCAAAUUAAAGCAAUUUCUUUUAUUUACCUACCGUCAAAUGCCUGAUUAUCACGUAUAAUUACAAUAACAAUAUAUAUAUAUAUAUGUUUUAAUUCUAAUCUGAUAACUGUUGGUUAACCGUUGUCUGUUGCGCGAUGGUGCUUGGUGAAACCUAUACCUGUUAUAUAUAGCAUUGUAUUCAGAAGAGACAAAUUUAGAAGUCAUUAUAUCGAGCAUAAUAAAAAUCCACCUGGCUAGAACUUGGUACAUGUCGACUACAUGUCGAGGUAUCAUCAAUGACAUUUAUUUAUAAAAUGGAAAAUCAAAAGCUUGGAGGCUUAUAAAUUGGCAUGGUUUCCUUUGCAUAGGAGAAAAUUGUUACCCAACGAUUUUUACCGGAUGUAAACAUCUUACGAGAUCGGUUUCGGAGGACCUUGAAAGCUUGCCACCCUCUCAGACUCUCAAUAUACAAUAGCUUAAAGCCACCAUGUUCUCUUCAGUAUAAAUUGUUGAAAAAUGUUUGUCCGUUCGUUCUGACCAAAAGACUGAUAAAUAUAUUUCAUGUUUUAACAUUGCUUUUACCCCAAAAAGAUCGACACAAGUCCACCAGUCAAUUAACACAAUAAAUAUUUCGUUCUAUAAUAAUCUAUUUUUAAUAAUUCAAAAUUCACUUUUAGUCAUCAUUAACUAUUAUUUUAAUUUCAAACAACUGUUUGGUUCAAUGUGUAGCAUACAGCUUUCGUUUCGCAAGUACAGGAAAGAGUUUUUUAGGCAAGGAUUUUCUUGGAAAUCAUGCGUAAAAAUGUUUGGUUCAAUAUUUUCUGUGGACAUGUAAUGCUCCAAGUUUGUUGCAGACAAUGAAAAACGAGUUUCUUUCUCUGUUUGCCAGAAUUAAUAGAGUUUUAUUGUUUCUUUAGGUUUUGGAUGGCUGUUGAAAAUAUGAAGCAACUAAAGAAAGUUAAGCCAGACAAAGUUCAGGACAGUGCAAAGGAUAUCUAUAAUCUAUUCAUUGUGCCUUCUGCAAAACACGCCGUGCGCAUCGAUUCCACUCUCGUUCGGAAAAUGGAAUCCCACUUGAGUGAUGAACAAGACGAUAGUGCAUUCUUUGAAGCCCAAAUAGAAAUCUAUCAGAAAAUGGAGGAAAAAUAUUAUCGCAAGUUCGUAAUCAGCGAGGAGUACGUGCAGUACAUCUGUCAGCUCGAGUCCGCCUUAGAUCUUUUUAGGACCCAGGGGGAACAGGAUCCCAUGUUGUUAAACUGGAGUGAUGGUGCUGAAGCGUUUGACCAACAGGUGGGGAAAGUAUAUUGCGAUAACUGAUAGUUGUGUAACUAAACGUUUUGGCCAUUUGCUAAGUUAUAAACUAGUUGCUUUUCCUGAAUAAAAUUUAAUCUUCACUACAAUUUACUGAAUUUCAUUCAGCAUGCACUAAACUGAUAACAAAAAAUUGAGCUCUCAUGCAAUCAACUCAUGGGCAAACCGAAUAACUUGUUUGUAUUUAGACUUUUUAAUUCUGGGAGUGACACUAUUACCUGUGAUUUUGAAAUGUGCAAAUAUAUGUAUUAUUUUGUACUAUACAAGAUAGCAACCAAGAAGAAACUGCUAUACUUGCCUGUGACAUGCAUGUACAUUGCUUUGGCCGCGUUAAGUUACACCACUGGCCAGGAAUUAUGGAUAAUAAAAUUUGUAGAAUAUUUAAAUGUAUUCUUCAUUGUAAUGUUUGUAUAUAAUAAAGAAACUAAAAUUUCGCUUUUUAUUUAGAAGCAGCCCACGUCCGACGGUAAGUAACAAUAUAUAUUGUUGCCAUCCCAUCGAUUCCCGCCGUAGCCAAGCAAACUUUUCAGCUUGCCCGGUGUGGAUGGACACUCAGAGUAACAUCACAAACAUCAUAUUCACCUGAGUAUAUAACACCAACACACACAAAUUACGACCAAUUGAAUCAAAUGGAAAUAAAAAUCCAAGCACUAAUUAAAAUAGACACCAUUUUCUCCCAUUCGACACACUACAGGUGGUUGAGGAAUGGUCAAACGGUGUACAGCUGUUCAUAAGAACGCAAAUCAAAGCUGGUCAAUUGAUGAAUCAAAUGGACACAAUUUUAUUCCAUUCGACAAGUACCUGUACUAAUCAAAUGGUGACGAGCUGUACAUGUAGACAGCAAAGCAGAGAAAGUCGAAUGGAUCGAAUUGAUCAAAUGUGGAACAUUUUAUUUCAUUUGACGAACAUUAGUCAGAUGGGGGGGGGGGGGCAAACCCUAUGAUCACCUUUAGUGCUGGGAAUCUUAGUUCUUUGAAUAUUUUUGCCUUUUUACUUUUUAAUCGGUUUUAACCAUUUGAAAAGUAUUUUGUUCAAUAGAAUCAAAGGUCGAUUUUGGACGGUAUUGGUUAUACGUAGAUUCGUCUGAGUCCAAUAUUGAAAUUUCCAACAAAAUUGAACCCAACAAUUUCUCUUUAUAUGUAGGAAAAAAGUCUCAUUCUAUAGAGGAUAGAAAUGAAUACAUAAUCAAACAAUUGUCAAUUCUGGAUCAGAAACUUGCGUCAAAGGUAGGCUAAAAACAUCACCUUUUUUUACCUUUUUGUCAAGUUCAUCAAGUUCAAUAAAAUAUUUUGCGUUGAUGAUGUUUUGAUUCACACUAAAUAUGUCGUUUACCACAGAUUACAGUAUACAACAAUGGUAGUAUUAAAAGUUCCAGUGGCAUUCACUUCCCGAAAUAUUGCAGGGGGGAGGGGGAAUCUCUAUACUUUUUUGCCUUAUACGUUAUAUACUGUAUAGCAUGCAGUAUGUAUAUAGCCUAUAGUAUAGCGUUGUUUAACAGUUAUCCAACUAUCAUUCAAAGGUUUCAGAAAAUAUUGGGGGGGACACCCCUUCCUGGUCUCCGCCACGGCUUUAGCUAUUAUUUCUGACCAUGACUGCGAACCUGGAUUUUAAUAGACAUUAUGCAUAAUGACGUCACAAGGCUUGAUGCACGCGAGGAAUGCUGGUCUUAGUAGUCAUCGCCCGGGAAAAUUAAACAAUUCAAAAUGGCCACUAUCGAUAUUUUCCCGGGCGAUGACUACUAAGACCAGCAUUCCUCGCGGGCAUCAAGCCUUGUGACGUCAUUAUGCAUAAGGUCUAUUGCGCUAAAUGUUACUAAAUUAUCUUCUUAAAUAUGACAAUUCACAAAUGAUUUUACAUAAUAAUGCAAGUUACAGUAUUGUGGAAUUUGAACAUUUCACAUAUGAAAAUGCGCAUUUUAUAUAUGGAAUUCAGAGUUCUCAUAUGAAAUUCGAGUUUCAGUAAUUUCUCACUGCCUGUGCAGGAGUAAAGUAAAGUAAAGGUUCACAUGUGAAAUCAUACGUGUUUUCGGCUGAUUCAAACCUAUUUGUCUAUACCAAUUUCGCUGAUCUUAUGUUUCAAACUAUUUUUCAGACUCAACAGGUUGAGCUGGUGAAGAAACUGCAUGAUAUGCAUAUCCAGGUACUGAUAUAAGUUGAUGCUUUUUAGGCCUGUUUCAUACGUCGAAUUUAAUUCAGACGAAUUUAAUUCGUUAUUAAAUUGGUCAACAUUAAAAUGGUUUCGUUUCAAACGACGAAUUUAAUUCAGACGAAUUCAUUUCAAGACUAGCGCGAUCAUGGAGUACCCAAAAAUAAAAACCACGAGAUCAGAAAGAGAGAACAGACUUUAAACAUAAUUUAUGCAUUAAAUUCGACACGACGAUAACACGUCGUAUGAAACGAAGACGCGCUACAGACUUUGUAUAUCCGUCUGACUAUGGCGGAUAAAACAACUUGGGCGAAUUCAAUUCAUCAGACGAAUUUAAUUCGUUUCAUACGAUGCACUACCGUCGCAUUUAAUUCAUUCAAUUAAAUUCGUCUGAAUUGGAUUCGACGAUAGUGCGACGUAUGAAACAGGCCUUACUUUUUCGAUUAUAUAAGUAUACCUGUAUAAACCUUAUCUAUCUAAUACAACCAGCGUGAUGUUUUCUCAUGACUGAUCACUUAAUAAAAUAGUAGUGUAGUGGAAGGGGGCUCAUGGGGACUGCACCCCCUUGUUAAAAUUUUCUUCCAGUUUGGGGGAGGGGUGCCCUUAAGAUUUUUAUCAAGACAGAAAUAAUCUUUGAAAACAUAACAUAUUUCUGCGAAUUUGCUGUUAUAUAUGUUAAUACAUUUAAAACAAAGAUUUAAUGUCACACCAGUAAUUCUAUUUCUCCUUAUAUCCAGGAUGGUAUUCUGAGUUCUGACGAUUGAGCCCUAGCUGAUUAUGUCUAAUGAGCCCUAGAUUUUAUUUUCUUAUUUUAAUACGAUAUAUACUUUAAAUAAUAUUAAUAACUAUGGACUUUAUAACACCAUUUAAAAUACAGGAAAUAGUUUUUCUGAGACCCUAGAUUACCUAGAAUAACAAAAUUGCGGUGAUUCAUGCCUCAAGGCUUUCCUAGAAGGCGAUGAGUCCGCCUUGUUAAAAGUUUCGGACUACACCACUGAGUAUAAUGGUGCCCAGUUGGAAAUAGUAUGGAAAUACAAUUUCUGACAGCUACUGUACCACCUGAAAAAAUGUAAGCAAAACUUCGAUAUUUCAGUCUGGAAGUUGCUAGCGUGGGAAAAUUACAUGUGCUUUUAUACUAGUUUUAAUUGAACUCUUUAAUUGUAAGUUUUACUCAAAGUCCAAGGGUGGAAAAAAUAUUUCACUUUCUGGGACCGCAAUUUUCUGCGAAUAAUCAAGUAAAUCGACACUCGAACGCUGUAACUGUGUAACACUAUAACAAGUUGUCAAACUUAAUGUCAUGCUAUAUUAUAAGGUAUAUAACAUAAAACUAAUUUAGAUAACAUACUGUACAUCAGGGGACUGAUCCUAAGGUAAAUUUACAGAUGCCAAAAAAUGGAUACUACUGUGGGAAUUUUGGAGCAUGGUGCCCCAGAAAAUUUUGAAAAUCAGAUGUCUCAGAUUGGCUAAAAAUGUAUUUGCCAUACCACAUUUGUUACGUCAUUCUACAAUUGUACAACCAAAUUAAAUCAUAUACCUUUUCCAAGUAAAGGAUAUAUAAACCCUGGUUUCUGUAAUGGGUUCAUGAAUUCUGACGACUUUUCCAUUGCGUGGGACUCAACUAUAGCUAAUCCACUAAUUUCCACUUUUUAGGGAAAGUCACUUGAGAAGGAAAUCGAGGCGCUUAAGAAGGAGAAAUGUGAUUUAGAGGCAAGGAUGGAUCGCGCUGGUAGGUUGUGGCAUCGUGUCGAAA